UCCUUCACACUAGGGGAGAAAGCUGAAAGGAGUUUUUGCUUCAACAGUGAUUGAACAGAACUUCACUUUCUCGAUCACUCCUUGUGUUUUACAUUCCAAACUUCAUUUUAUUUUCCUACCGCCUUUUGUUAAUAAAGCGAGAAAAACCAACCAGCUAAAAUGGAGUCCCAGGUGCGCCAGAACUACCACCGCGACUGUGAGGCCGCUAUCAACAGGAUGGUCAACAUGGAGCUGUUUGCUUCUUACACCUACACCUCUAUGGCCUUCUACUUCGACCGUGACGAUGUGGCCCUUCCAGGGUUCUCCCAUUUCUUCAAGGAGAACAGCCACGAGGAGAAGGAGCACGCGGACAAACUGCUGUCCUUCCAGAACAAGAGAGGAGGACGCAUCUUCCUGCAGGACGUCAAGAAACCUGAUCGCAAUGAGUGGGGCAGUGGGCUGGAAGCCAUGCAGUGUGCCCUGCAGCUGGAGAAGAACGUCAACCAGGCUCUGCUGGACCUGCACAAGGUGGCGUCCGACCACAAAGACCCUCAUAUGUGUGACUUCCUGGAGACCCACUACCUGAACGAACAGGUGGAAUCCAUCAAGAAGAUUGGUGACCACAUCACCAACCUCACCCGCAUGGAUGCUCACACCAACAAGAUGGCAGAGUAUCUGUUUGACAAGCACACCCUGGGCAGCAAAAGCUAAAGGAAGAACUGGAGAAACCUUCCAGAUGCAGGCCUCAAACCGUCCUGCUCUGCCUGCUGAAAAAUGUCUUCAGUCUGUUUGAUUCUCAUGUGACUCUGAUUUAAACUGAAUAAACCUAAAUAAAUAUCUACAUCUGAA